ACGGUGGACGCCGCACCUUGUCCUCGCUCCCCUCACACACACACACUACCUUUCACCCAACCCUAUCAUCAUAAUCAUUACCACAGUCCUUGUUAUGUGUUACAACCGUCCUUAAUUAAACCUUCAAAACACUUAUCCCGGUCGCUUUAUAGGAUGUUUUAUAACCUGCGAAUAUAGUGACGUUAUAUAUAUACAGUAAAGUGUGUAUAUAUAUACAUCUCCAAGCUGGAAAAAUAAUUUGUGCAUGAUUCGAGAAAUAUAUUGUGUGAAACGUAAAGGAAAAGUGUUUUAACCCCAGAGACACUGAACACAGGUCUUGAAGCUGGCAUCUGACCUCGCCAUGAGCUGACCCAGGACCAGCAACCAUGUAUACGCACGCAACAAAGCGCAUCUAUGGUGCAAAUAAUUAAUAAGUGAGGCAGGCGGCGGAGAUGAGAGACACGCCAGUGUUGUGAGGACAGAUGAGGAUAUUUGAUGGUGAGUGAUGAGUAAUGAGGAGCAAGAUGGUGCUGUGUGGGCGGCGGUGGGCGGUGCUGCUGCUGCUCCUGAGCCUGGCUUCCACCCACGCUCACAUACCAGUGACGGAUGAUGGGGAGAAGAUAGAGGCGACGCCUGUGGUGGUGAUGGCCGGCGACUCCUCCACCCCGCGCCUCCUGGGCUUCCUGCGCCUCCCGCCAGAGGGCAGCGGCGGUCACCUGGACGGAGGCCCCGAUGGUGCCUGGAGCAGGAACACUCUCUGGCUGGAGGGCAGCGGUGCUGGCAGGUUCAAGAGAGAGUAUAGCCUCGAGGAUUUUCUUGUAUGGAUGCCCUCAGGUGACGGGCCGACGGAGGAGUGGCAGCACCGGCCACGGGACACGUCAUGGAUGAAGGAGGGCAUCAUCACCACCACUGUCUUCCUCACCACCACCGUCUACACCACCGUCCUCCGUCCUCCCCUCAUCACCCCCUCCACCGUCACCUCCAUCCACUCGUCUACAAAGUCUCCAGUAGACCUCAUCUCGAGCAGCAACAGCCCCAACACAGCACCAGACAAAGGCGGAGGGAAGGAUCUGGGCGAGGGGUCCGAAGCAGGCCCCACCACAGUGUCUUAUAACGCCAGCUGUAACAACCACACCAACACCAUGGAGGGUUCUCAGAGUGAUUACCCUCAUUCAGGAGGCAGCGGGAACCAGUUGCCCGAGACAUCGAAGGAGAAGAACAAGAACACCCAACACAAGGGGGAAAAGAUAAAUUAUAUAACAGUGACGCGAACGAUCAUGACAGUGCCACCAAACGUAGACACGACUCGUCCGCCUUCACUCACCACCACCACUACUACUCUUCUCAAGGAACCUCUUUAUGACGAGACUGAUCUUGUCCGUUCCUCCAUCGAAUAUCCAGGGCCGUCAGCGACUUUUACAGCAUCAUCUGCCACACCAAUCCUGCCCUCGACGUACCCACCAUGCUUGACAGUCACCAUCAACCCAGUGACAGACACCACGGCAAUCUACACCCAACCGUCCUCCUCCAGUGACUUAUACGGUACUGUUGCUCCUACUGCGACCUUCAGUGAAGGCACUGGAGAAUUUUCCCGCGAGGGAGUGCAGAGCACUCCUGAGCUGCCAGAGCUCGCGGUAACUACAGGUAUCCACAGCCUGUCGAGCAGCAUCCAGUAUUCAACACCAGGGACAUCGAUGUCACCAAGUGUGGAUGGCUCGGGUACUGAGGCUGAAGGUAGCGGAGCUGCAAGUGUGACUGUUGGAGCUACUCUUGUUGUUACUACUGAGAUAGAGACAACAGAGAACAGUGCUGGAGUGUCUAAGAGUAAUGAAGGUAUUGAAACUAGUACUGAAACAAAAACAGAGGCUGGUUUUGCAAUUUCUGUCACCGAACAAGGAGUUGAAAACUUUGGUGUCCCUUUUGGGAUAACAGAAACCAACCAUGAUGCUAGUGGGAAUGAUACAACAACAAUAGAAAUUGAUUUAAAUGUUCCUAUGACUGACAGCACGAACACUGAAACAGAAGCACCUUCAGGUGUGGAGGAAACUCAAGGUGCCCCGGGCGAAGAUCAUACCCGAGAUCCUAGCAAAGACGUCGCCACAACCACCCCUACCACAUUGCUGUCUUCAACAUAUUCCCACCAACUUCCAGCCAAUACCUUCCGUCCGCUCUUUGAGAGAAACUCAACCAUCUUCCACGAAAUAGAGCUGUUUGACUUAACGACACCUCCAUCUGAUCGCAACGACUCCAAUUUCUGGGAUCUAAACACAGACGGGGAAGGAACCGUGAACAGUACAUCUGAUAUGGAUUAUCCUGGUUUUGUUAUCAACGAAAGUGAUAUAUUUGUUAAUGUAUCUGAUGGUAUACAUGGAACCAAACUGCCUGAGCAGACUGCUAGCAGCAAUGAAACCGUGAAUGGUACCUUCGGAUGGGACUCUCCCGAAGGAGUCACUGAAGAAGUUGGCACAUUUUCUAAUGUGUCAAAUGGUAGAAAUAUUACACAGCUGCCAGGUCAGGAUAAAGAUGAUGACCGUGGUUCAAUCACAAAAGUUUCCUCUUUGGAACCUACCAUUCCUGAUCAUGUGUUCAGUGCAUCCGAGGGUGUGACCUCCACAAUGGGGGUUCCGAACCUCUCUAUCACACUGGGGAAUGACCCUAAGCUUUUGGUCACGGCGGGGAGUGAUAUUGAGUUCUCAGUCACAGCAGAUGGUGAUCCAGAGCUUUCGAACACAACAGAGAGUGACUCAGAUGUCUUGAGCACAACAGAAAGUGACCUGAACUUCGUAGCCAUAGCAGGUAGUGUGGAGGUUGUGGACCAGUCACCCCAGGGACCAGAGGAUGAAACCAUAGCUACAACUGACUCGGGGGAAAAUUCAACAAUUUGGGUAGACCCUUUGAUAACUACUAUAACUGACUCACCGUAUGUGACAACUAUAUGGGGUGAACAGACAGAUAACACAGCCACCUCUGCUAAUGGCUUAGAUAAAGAAAUAUUUACAGUUCCAUUCGAGGUUGAUGACCCGUAUGUGAGUGCCACUUUGACUCCACCCAUAGCAGGAAAAGGAGUUGGUGUGGAUGGAACUGCACAUGAUGACUCUACUUUAAUCAUUUUACCGGAAGAAGGACCUCAGGUAAAUGAGAGUGAAUCUGAAGGUUCAGGAGCUGAAGAUAGUCCAGGAGAACGACCUGGCAGCCCAACAUCUGGUGGGAAAGAUUCUGAGGAUGCUGCACACUUCCACCCAUCCAGCAGACCCACAAGUUCGUCCCAUGAUGAGGAGAGUGAGAGUACACUUCCAGUCUCCCCGUCCAAAACUGUGACACCAUUCUUCCAAUCAGGGGUCGAGACAUCAACAUCAGAGAGGCCCCUUCUAGUAAAACCAUCGCAGGCAGUGCCACCCACUUCAGUAGUCAGCAGCAAUGUAAUGCCGGAUAUGUUGGGCCCAUCGUUUUCACAGCCCAGUGAUGCUCCUACCACAACAAGCACUGUUGACGAUGGACCAGCAACACUUAAUCCCCAAUUAACACUACCUUCAGACUCUGCAACUGAUGAAAGUAUGCUGGGUAGUGAUGGAGUGGUGAUAUCAACGUUCACUGGAACAACAGAAACUGCGCUUGAAUCUGCAUCCUCACCCUCACAGGAAGGUCCCACUGAGGAUCCUGAGACUACUGCAACAUACAUGAUAUCACUUACAGACAAAACAUAUGGUUCACAUGAGCCAUCUUCAACACUGGGUGAAAGGAUCACAUCAACGUGGCCAUCUUCUUCAGAAAGCGAGUUUCCGGUGUUGACACACACAGGCAUCCACGUGGCCUCCACGACGACGAUGCCAGUCUCCAUUACCAUCUCUACGGCCUCUCAGGAGAUAGAUAUUACUUCUACUCUGAGUACAACAACACUGCCCGUAAUCCAUACAACAGUAGAGUCCGUCAGCAUGUCUAUUACUACAGACAAAAGUCCUCUCACCUCGCCCUCGGGGACGAUGCAAGGGACUCCAUGGGCAACAGAGCCUACCUUAGGACCGCAGCCGAGUGCACCCAGUCCCAGCAACAAUGCCACUGUGCCAUUAGAUCAACGGUAUUGGGUGAGGACGGUGCUGGAGGGGCCAUUCACUGAGGAUACAUCUCACCUUUACUGGAUCUCAAUGGAGAACAAGCUAACCGACGUCUACAAGAUAGCCUAUGAGCGGGAUGUAGCCAGGCAGCUCGGUGCUGGCGAAGUCAGCAUGGUAGCACUGGCCUCCACUGAGCCACCGGGCACUACGACCACAGACCCAUUUGAGAAUUACACCACAAUCAUCGCCAGAGUGAAGAGAGAGGUGGCAAGCAUGAAUGCUGAACCCACAAUGCCCACGAUCAGAUUCCUUGCAAAGCAGGACAGACAUAACACACACCAGGACGUACAUAUUGCCUCCAGAAAAUUCAAGAUAGCCUCAGGACUCACUGGGAUGAGAAUAUUUCCCCAUAUUCUUACUGCAAUGACAAGAAAUGAGAAGGUACCGAUAAAGGAAAAUCCAAACAUAUUCAACACAAUUAGACCAUCUUAUAAUGUCCUUGUUAACAGCCGAAGAAAACGCGAACUUAUACGAGAGAUGAAACAAGACCCAGUCAGGCAGUGGCGGCCUCCACCCUCACUGUACCCGUCAGCCAAAGUGCGCAAGAGAAGUGCCACCGGUGGCAGUGUGAAGGUUCGCCUACACAACAUCACCUACGACAACACCACCGACCUGACGGAGCUGGUGUACACGGUGUUUGACGGCGAGGAGCCCAUCCUGGCUAAAGACGCCGUCACCAACAUGUCUAAGGUGGAUGACAUGGAGAUGGCUGUCAUCCUUGACCAGGUGGUUAAGAUCAAAGCCGAAGAGUACCUGCAGAGCCCGCCGGCCAGGCAGGACGGGGUGCUGGUGUACGGGAUCAUCGGGGCCGUGGUGGGGGCCAUGAUGCUCCUCGUCUUCCUCUCCUGGCUCACAGUCUUCCUCUACAAGCGGAACCACAAGAGAGAUGGACUCCAACCUGACUCCGAGGCAGCGUCACCCAGGAGCCAGCUGAGUGCCAACGCCUACUCUGGACACAUCAACAUGGCCUUCUCCACGCCCAGGGAGGAAAAGCUGGAAGGAGAGCCACUGCCCUCCACUUCCCAUGGCCUCGGCAAUGGCCUGGGCCACGCCUCUCCUACCGGGUCACAAGACGAUCUAAUUAGCAGAUCCAAACAAGGUCCCUCACUAGGGCCAUCCAAAGCCCGCGCCCGUCGUCGCCUUCAGUACAGCCAGCAAGAGGAGGGGGAGGGAGACGACGAGGCUGAGGAAGGUGGGGACUCACGCCGGACCUUCCCCAAGGAGGACUACGACACCACGGAGGAGGAGGAGGAGGAGGAAGCGACAACGGAUGGCCACCGGCGACGACCGAAGAGCAGCCUGCCCUGGCGGCGUCCCAGCAGACACGUGGGUCAUGCCAUCACCGAGGAGCCUGUCUACAGCUCCCCCAAUCCGGCCAACAUCCAAUACCAGCCCUCUCACUCCACCUACUCCAAGUACGACACCACACACUCGGAGCUGACCUCCAGUGACGUGCACUAUGACCCCACCCACCAGCUGAUGGCUAAUACACAGCACAGUGCUAGCCUCUUCACCCACAAGGACGAAGGCUCCGUCUUCCUCCCACCGCCACUCCUGCCACCACCUAAGGGCUUUGGCAAGGCACAAGACUCUCUCUUCAUCCCAGGAACGUCACUACCUCGAUUCCUGCCCCCUCCGCGCCUUUACAAACAGGCGCCUAAUAAGCUCGGACAAAGGCCGCCCUCUCAGAUUGAUGCGUAUGACUACGACCCCGAGGCUCCCCCCAUCCCCCCCAGGAACUACUCGCGGGAGGAGGCUGGCCUGCCGCCCCAGGGACAAGGGGGGACGUCUCCUCCCCGCCCCCAGAUGAAGGACGCCCAGGUGGAGGCACACGUAGAGAGUGAUGCCCUCACGCAGGAGCAGGAGAGAGACAGACGACCGUCCGCCUCAUCGUCACAGCUCUCUGAGUCCGGAGGGUCAGAGAGCAGCACUGCUCCUCAUAUAGGUCGCCUCCGCCGCCGCUUUCACGACCUUCUCGAUGAUGCCUUCUCUCUGCUGAAUGGCCAGCGCCCCGGGGACAGGGUCACGCCCCUCACUACCCCAUCACCCUCUAGGAAAGGUCGCUCGAGGUCAGCAGCAAUGCAGUACAGAGGCGGCGAGGAAGGCCAGCAGGGGACAGCUGCUCGCCCGUGGUCUGCCACAGCCGUCCAUGCCUCGCCCCCAGCCUGGAAGGAUGCGCAGGUGGUGGGUGUGGUGCCCCUCCACGACGACAGGUCGCCCAAGUCAGCCUGGGGAGAUGGGGCUGGUCGAGCGAGUGCUCGUCCUGGGAGCGCUCGUCCUGGAAGUGCUCGCCCUGGAAGUGCUCGUCCUGGGAGCGCUCGCCCUGGAAGUGCUCGUCCUGGAAGUGCUCGUCCUGGAAGUGCUCGUCCUAACAGUGGUCGUAGCGCCCGAAGUAUCACUCCAGUCAACCAUCCUCCGUCACCUGACGGUGUUGCUUGUGGAGCAGAGGAGCCGCUGGACCCUGACACUGGGCUGCGUUCCUCAGAUCCUGCCGUGCCACUCAUCAGAGCCAUCAAGGAGGAGCUGCGACGCUUCAAGUCCUCCAUCAGUACCGAGUCGUCCACAGCGUGAGCGGUGCUGGCAACCCAGCCUCCUGUUUAGUUAGUACGUGUUGUAACUCUGUGUACCAUCGUAUAUAUCUUGCCGUAAAAGGCAAUUAGAUUGUCGAAUUGGGUACUAUUCACUUUAUAGAAUCGAAAAAAUAAAGCUAAAACCCAAAUUAAAUAUUUCUAGGCCUAGUAAAACACAUAUAUAUGUACUAUAUUAGGCCUCAGAUAGUGUUGUAUUAGGCCUAAAGAGCUUAGGUUAGGUAAGUUUAGCAACAUAAAUUCAAAACCUUUUCCAGUUUGUCCAGAUUCAGUAGUACACAUGUCUACUAUCUUAAUUGCCUUGUACAUCAAUAUAUGUAGGAUGGUCCUCUUCGUUACUAUAAGUACUACGUAAAGAGGAGGAUGGGCUGGUCCCACACACUCCCAAGUCACUGUGUUCACCUGCAGCCUGAGGAGAGACCUUCACUUCCCUGAAGUGGGCUGCGAUAUGCUCUUCAGUCAAGUUUUCUGUGUUCAAAUCCUUGUUAAAUACAAUUCUGUACAUAGGAUAUGUAGUGAACAUUAAUUUGUUGCUGAGUGCAGUGUUUUACUGUGGAUGUUCAGUGUCGUUCAAAUUACAGUAAAACUGCUGUGAUUUUUUCAGACCUACAGUGCCAUUGGGAUUCUUCCAAAUCAAAGAUGUGAACUCCCUUUAGCAUAAACAGGUGACUAUUUAAAUUUAAACACAUUUUUUCAAAAUGUAGUUUGCCUUAAGACUUUCUUUAAUCAUACUCUAUUCAUUAGGGCUAUACAGUCUGGACAGUAUGAGAAGUUAGUUUGAAUUGACCCAAAACUUUCUGAUACCAAUUACUUGGUGCCUGUUGAUUAGCGAUCAGCAGCGUCUGAAUAUUUAUGGCACCAUUUAUUUUAUAAAUUUUCCUCCGUCGUAGAUUACAGUGUGUGCCGGCGUGUGACUCUUGAACCAUCUGGAUAGUGCAGCUUAAUGCGUGGAAAAGUAUUAUACUGGGUCUACAUAAGUGUUCAGUAAACAUGGUUUGUGACAGUGAAGCACCACAGUGUGCCCUAAAUUUGGAGUGAAAGUAAAAGGAUUGUAUUAUAACCAAAACACUGAUAUAAACAGAAUUUUCCAAACUUUGGUAAAGGUGUGACAUCUAUACCAUCAAAUACUACAAGAAAAGGGAGACUAAAGCAAACGCAACUUGACUGCAAUGCCCAGAGAGAUAUUUACACAUGACUUUAUAAGGAAAGCAUUUUUGAGAGAAUCAACUAUAUAAACUCUUAAGCUGUAUUUAGCUAUCAAAUGCUUGUACUUUUAUUUUAUAUUCUGGAAGGCGUAUAGCUACCCUCCUCAAUGUCCAUCUUCGUCGCAUCACUGCCAAGGUAUCAGGCACUACACUGGGAACGAGUAGACUGGGACCAAACAAAAAUGAAGUCUGCAGAAACUGUUCGAGGAAAUUAGACUGGAAUUUUAACUACUGCUAAGAAAUGAAAUUUAUAUCCAGCUGGUUGACACUUUAUUAGACAUAAUCAAAUUUUAUGGAAUGUCUGAUUACUUAUUGAACUAAUAAUUCUUAAUUAAUUGACAUAUAUAUAUUUUAACCUUUUUAUAAUCUUGUAAAAUAAAACGGAAAAUAACAUUGCCUAUAUUAUUAUUAUUUAUUUAUUUGUAAUAUGGGUGUGAAUAAAUUAAAAUUAUUACACACCUAAACCUAAUUUUAGACUUUCCUGAGAAUAUCUAUUUAAAUAUUAAUUUAUGAAUGAAAUAGCAAACUAAUUAAUAGAUUUCCACUUUUAUUAUUGAAAGCAAAAUUUGUGCUGUUCAACUUGCUUUUACAUUUGCUUUAUUUGCAGUGUAGAGCACUGUAUGCUGAGUACCAGAUGUCUGUGCCAAAUGUAUCUUAAAUGGUUUCUUCUAUUCUGACUCUACUAGACAUGAGUUUGGCUCUCUAUAAUAAUUGAAGAUAAGGAAACUUUAAAGAAAAAAAUAUGACAUUUUUCAGCUGCCAGUCAAAGGAAAAUAUUGAUUUCGAGAAGUGAAAUAUAUUAUUAUUAUUAUUAUUAUUAUUAUUAUUAUUAUUAUUAUUAUUAUUAUUAUUAUUAUUAUUAUUAUUAUUAUUAUUAUUAUUAUUAUUAUUGUUAUUAUUCACAAAGAAAUCAUAUUAAUGUGAUUUUCUCAUUGAUCCAUCAUGUGAAUGCAAUUUCUUUGUGGAUUUGAAGGGAGUGUUGGUUAAGAACUCCAAUAUCACACCAGAGUGUACGUGGGAUGGUGUAUAAAAACUUGAUUUGAUAUUGGUUCAAUGCCUCAAGACUCCUAGUGGAUUCAGUGGAAUUCCAGGUUUCAUUAUUUAUACCAUAUUGUAGCUCAGUGGUUUAAGGCGUUUGCUUGGGACUUCCGAUGGUGCAGGUUCGAAUCCUCUGCAUUGCUCCAAUUGAUUUCCUCAUUAUUAUUAUAUGUGCAAUUAUUUUUUGUAUUAAUCAUUGAUAUAUUGCCUAGUUAUGAUCUUUUUAAUGAUACAAAUGCUGGAUAAUAAUAAUAACAAUAAUAUAGAAUAGAGCUGUUUAAUGAUUAUUAUUAAUUAUUAUAGAUUAAGAUAAAUCAAUAUCAACUGGUACUGUAAUAGAUGCAAUCAGUGUACAAAUGUAUAAUAAGUGCUAAGCAUAUGUAACAGAUUUUGUAUUGAACUCUUGUAACAAAACAGAGCUUAGUAGGACACUUGGCUUGUUUAUUAUGCUCAUAGGCAUUAAUAUUUUAAGGAUGCUAUUUUGAAAUUUCAGUUGGGGAUAAAAUACUUUUUUAUAAGUUUCUUUUAAAAUACAAAUAUUUGUAUUUUCAAAGUGAUGGAGGUAGUGGGUGUGGUCUGCGGUUUGAUGCUCCUAUAAGUUAAGUGAAAAAAAUGACUAGCUACCACAUAGUGGGUAAUGUGCUAGAGAAUGCAGUAAAACUUAAUUUAUAUUCCUUUGAUUUAAUAAAAUGUUUUACAGUAA